AUGGCGGCUGCACGCAGAAAACCUUGGCAAAGCAGGCAAGUGGAGUCUUUCCUCCUAUUCCUGUGUGUCUCUGUCGGGGGAGCGACAACCAUCCGCUACUCUGUGGCGGAGGAAAUGGAGAGCGGUUCUUUUGUGGCCAACGUGGCUAAGGACCUCGGGCUGGAGGUGGGGAAGCUGGCUGCGCGCGGGGCGCGGCUGGUCUCUGAGGGCAACAAGCUACAUUUCCGGCUCCACCGCAAGACUGGGGAUUUGUUUGUAAAGGAGAAACUGGAUCGGGAAUCACUUUGUGGCAAAGCUGACCCGUGCGUUCUGCACUUUGAAAUCGUCCUGGUGGAGCCGCUGCAGUCCUUCCGUGCCGAGGUCAGGGUGUUUGAUAUUAACGACAAUGCUCCGGUUUUCCUAAACAAGGAGCCCCUCUUAAAGAUUCCGGAGAGCACCCCCUUGGGCUCGCGUUUUCCUUUGCAGGGCGCCCAGGAUCCGGACGUGGGCCUCAAUGGUCUCCAAAACUACACGCUGAGCACCAAUGCCUAUUUCCACCUGCAUACCCGCUUCCGCAGCCACGGGCCUAAGUACGCUGAGCUGGUGCUGAAUAAACCCCUGGACAGAGAGGAGCAGCCUGAAGUCAACUUGACCAUUACUGCGGUGGACGGCGGGUCCCCGCCCAAAGCCGGAUCCGCCCACAUUCGUGUGGUGGUGCUGGACGUCAACGACCACGUGCCCCAGUUCUCGCGAUUGGUGUAUCGCGCUCAGGUCCCCGAGGACAGUGCCCCUGGUUCUGUGGUGGCCAUGGUGAUGGCUACGGACCUGGACGAGGGCACCAACAAGGAGAUAACUUACUCUUUGGCUCAAAACUCAGAGGCCAUUCUCCAGACGUUUCAGAUUGACCCUCAAAGUGGGGAGGUUCGGCUGCAAGGGCCCCUGGAUUUCGAAGCCGUUGAAACCUAUGACAUCGACGUUCAAGCUACCGAUGGAGGAGGUCUCUCUGCCCACAGCAAAGUCCUGGUGGAAGUGGUGGAUGUGAACGACAAUCCCCCUGAAGUGACCAUCUCGUCCGUGUCCAGUCCUCUCCCUGAAGACUCGCCACUCCAGACUGUAGUGGCCCUUUUCACUGUCCGAGACCGCGAUGUUCGAGUGGGAGGAAAAAUCACCUGCUUCCUCAGAGAAGACCUGCCCUUCGUGGUCAGACCCACGUUCCGAAAUUCAUACUCGCUGGUCACUGACAGAAGCUUGGACAGGGAGGAGGUCCCCGGCUAUAACAUCACCCUUGUGGCUAUGGACACUGGACCACCCAACCUGUCCUCGGAGACUGUAAUAGAGGUGCUGAUAGCUGACAUUAACGAUAACUCCCCAGUGUUUCAGAAGGAUUCAUAUGUCUUGACUGUCCGGGAAAACAACAGCCCCGCGAUUUUCAUUGGUAAAGUCCAUGCUGAGGAUCUGGAUUUGGGUGAAAAUGCCCAAGUGACUUAUUCUCUGUUGCCUCCGGAAAGCGGGGAUCUAUCUGUCUUUGCUUAUAUCUCCAUAAAUUCAGAUAAUGGGAAGCUCUAUGCACUUAGAACUAUGGAUUAUGAGGCCAUUCAAGACUUUCAGUUUGUAGUAAAGGCCACUGACAGGGGUUUCCUGUCACUGAGUAGCCAAGUCACGGUCAGAGUGGUUGUCCUGGAUGAUAAUGACAAUCGCCCAAUGAUCUUGUACCCACUACAAAAUGGGACCUUUCCUUGCAAUGACCUAGUGCCCAGGUCUGCAGAGGCUGGCUAUUUGGUGACCAAAGUAGUGGCUGUGGAUGGAGACUCGGGUCAGAAUUCUUGGCUUUCAUAUCAGCUACUUAAAGCUACUGAUCUUGGUUUGUUCUCGGUCCAACGUCAAAAUGGGGAAAUUCGUACAUUGAGGCAGAUAUCUGAGAGAGACCCCAUGAUGCAAAAACUGACCAUUCUUGUUCAGGAUCAUGGCCAGCCAGCUCUCUCCACUACUGCCUCACUCAACAUCCUACUGGUAGAUGGCUUUUCAGAGCCCUACCUGCAGUUCCAGGAUUCAUCCACACAUUCCAGAAAGGUAAAUCCAUCCACUAAAUAUUUGGUCAUAUCUCUGGCUGGGCUUUCCUUUCUCUUUCUCCUCUCUGUCACUGUGAUCUUUAUUGUACACAUUUGUCAGAAGAUUAGAGAAAGGUUUACUGUUCAAGAGCAUUUUUAUGAUGAUUGUAAUUUCCCUAACAACCCAGUACAAGGAGGUGGCAAUGUAUCUUUAUCCCAACCUCAUCAUUAUGACAUGUGUUCAGUCACUGGUACUGGCAACAGUGAGUUCAGAUUUCUCAAGCGCUUUAUGCCCAACUUCCCUUUCCCCCAUCCUGCAGGAGAGGUAAAAACAGGGACUGACUGCACUUUGCCUCCUGGUUCUAGUAGAAAUAGAUCCCAGGGGCCAGAAAGCCAUACCCAGGUGUCUGAUGACUAUAUGUAG